UUUCAUAGAUUUAAUAAAUUCGAUAGAAUGUUAUAUGAAGUUUCUUUUGUUGUACAAUGUGCCACAUAAAUACCUCUCCUUGGUUUAUUUACUGAGGACAAAUUAACAUAUUUGACAAGUUUAAUUACAUACAUACAUAACUUCACGCCUGUCUCCCAUGGGGUUAGGCAGAGACUAGGGAACGCCAAUUACUACGAUUCCUACAUACCUCUUUCGCUUCAUCAACAGUCAUCAAUCUUUUCAUGCAUGGUCGUCGGUUAA